GACCCCUGCAUAGCGUACACCAACAUGACCGAUAUAACGAGGGAUGUAUUCAAUACACCACGGCAAGACGACAUACUGAUCUGCGACCUUAACCUUCAGCCCGGGUGGUACCGACUAGUGGAUGGCUUGAUGCCGACACACUGUCUACAACCCUUCAGUUGCGGCACCCAGGCGCCAAUAUGGCUGAACGGAAGUGUACCUUCACAAGCGCAAGGCAUUGUGCGCAUGACUGCAUGCGCGAAUACUAUUCCGACGAGUGGCAGUACAGGCGCUUGCUGCGGGACUCAGAUUCCGAUAGACGUCAGAAACUGCGGGGAGUUUGUGGUAUACUGCCUCCGUCGCCCCCCAGCGUGUCCCAUGGCGUAUUGCAUAGAAUCUGCUCCAAGGAUGGUGUCUCCGCCAGUCCUCACCGGACCGGAAAUCAUAGGAGACCGUUUCCGGUUUGCUUGUGGCAUCUCGUUCCCGCGCGGGAUUCAGAACAUCGCCUUUAAUAUCACGUGGUCAUUUGACGGAGUUAAUAUCCCAACUGUCCCAGCACAGGUCCUCACAGGGGAUCAGAGAAUCGCCUUCCUUUACCAAGAGGCGUGGAGAGGGAACAUCGGCAAGACGCUCCGCUGCAGGGCCGAUGCCUACUAUGUCACGACACCCAACGUCCGGAGCCCCAUUCUCACCAGCAACGGCUACUUCGGGGGAAUCAGGGUCACGCCGCCAGUCGUGACUGUACGAGAGGCAGGGGGACCACAGCAGAUCAACGUGACGUCAACACUUCCGGUUUUGUGCACAGGCUCGCAACGACGUUGUAGCAUUCACCUUGACAUUGACGUCACUGGCGGAAGUUGGGAGGACAUCGCGACAGCCAAUCAGUGCCUUCUCUUGCUGACACGUGACCACUGGGACCUCAACACCCGCACCGCCACCAUCUCCACCACUGUCCAAGCCACCAGGGACUUCGUCAGGGACGGCAACCAGGAGCUGCGUGUCACCUUCAUCGCCAACUACGUGAACGCCCCGGACAUCUGGCUGGGUUACAUACUGCCUCGACUCAGGGUGUUCACGGUAGAUGGCGAGACUCGACGCUGCUCGGCAUUCGCAGACCCACACAUCAGGACAUUCGAGGGCAGGGACACUCUGCAUCUGUAUGAGGUCGGGGACUUUGUGCUACUCAGGAGCACACAACGACAGUUUGAGGUCAACAUCAGAACCAACGAAUGUGUGGGUCGCGCUUGUGUGUGUGCCGUGGCCAUCAUGGACGGCCCGGACACCAUCGCCAUCGACGUGUGCCGCCAGCGAUGGGGUGCCCCGCCCGCCAGGGUGAGGAUCAUGUCAGGGGGCAGUCUGGCCGCGGGGACACAGAUCAAACGGACCAACGACGGCAGGAACUUCAUGAUAUCCUUCGCGUCGGGGUCGUGGCUGCGUGUCCAGGACUUCGCCACGUACAUCAACGUCGAGGUGCAGGUGCCCGCGGAGGAUUUCGGACACGUGCAGGGUAUAUGUGGCACGUUCGAUGGUAACCCUGACAACGAACUACAAAGUCCGGAUGGAGAAACGUUUGAUCUCAACGACAAUGUUCCAACUUUGUUCUUCAGAUCAUGGAGACUGAGAGCAGAUCAGAGUUUGCUGAACGGCGCUACUCGGCCCCAACUCACCCGUGUCGUCCUCAUUGACAACGUCAACAUCAACACCCAGUGUCUGUGCAACAACAUCACCAGGACGGCAGACUGUGGACGCAACAGAGUGAUACAAGACCCGGUCCGUAAUCCCCUACCCUCGGGUCCGCCCAAACCUCCCGUGGAGCCACAGAUCACCCAGGCCCGGGCCAACCAACUGUGCAUCACUGCCAUCGCCAACUUCUCUCUCGGCGUCAGGUGCACGACCAUCGUGGGCUUCGACACUUCCGGUUUUGUUUCUUCAUGUGUUGAAGACAUGGUUGCAGCACAGUCGACGGUGUUCCUGCAGGCGGCUGUAUCCGCCAUGGAGGCAGGUUGCCAGGAGGCCAUCUUGAGAAACAUCAGCAACUUCGGCACCGACGGCCAAGGGAGACGACUCCCACCACCAGACGCCACCAAGAAUAUCUGUCCAAACCAGUGCAGUAUGAGAGGCGUGUGCAGUGCCGGCAGAUGCAUCUGUGAUGCAGGCUACUCUGCACAAGACUGCUCCGUCCAAACAUCGAGGCCACCUCAGAUUAUCCGAAUAUUGAGGAACGGACUGUGCAACUCCCGGAGGCGUCCCUGUCGUAUCGCCUUCCUCAUCGUCGACAACUUCCAUGAAACUCCAAACAUCGCUUGUAGAGUGCGGGACGUGAGGAUAGAUAACGGCAACCUGACGCCUGGAAACAACUUCUCGUUAGUCCCCGCGGAUUUCGAGAGUUCACGAGAGGUUGGAUGUCACCUCCCUGAUGCCAGAGUACCUGAAGAUCGGGCGCUGCACGGGCUCCUCAUCUCACUGACAACAAACGGGGCGCUGUUUAGUAACGAGGUGCUCUACGUGGUGUACGACUCUCACUGUCUCUCUUGUAACAGAAUGGGACAGUGUGGCAUCAAGAACGAUACAUGUCUCAUUGAGGGCACGUGUAGAAAUGCUCGUGAGGAGAACCCCAGGAACCCAUCUGAGUUGUGCGACCCGGACAGAGACCAGGAGAGAUGGACGUCAUCACUGUCUCGACUCGCGGCUUUCCCAGCGCCAUGUCUCCCAACCAACAACAGGUUCGACAGAUGGGACAUCUGGACAAGCAACCAAACUGGCUGUCCGUGUUUUUUCGACAAGAACAGAACUGACUGCGCAUGUUGUGAGGCUGGUGCCUGUCAGUGCCCGGAUCCCAACCCCAACCAGUGCGCCCUCUGUAGUCAGGAAACCCGCCUAUGUGGCACACGUCAGACAUCGCCCGAGAACGGGGUGGACGGGUGGACCCUAUCAUUAACCGGAUGUCAGUGUGCCUUCGACGCUUCGCGCACUGACUGCGCAUGUUGUCAGAACGAGGGUUGUCUCUGCGGGUUGGAGCACCGGAACCAGUGCUCGCCAUGUGGGCGACCGGAAGUCUGUGGGUCGAAACCGGAUGUGUUUGGUGGAUUGCGAAUACACGGCUGA